UUGAUUAUUUUGCGAAAGCGUAAUCCAUUCAAGUGUGUCAAUGCAAAAAUGUACAUAUACGAGCUACCGUUUGAUAUUAACAAGAAAUUGUGUAGAUUAUUAGACAAUGACGAUAUUUGGAAGGACUUGGCUGGCCGCAUGAAUUAUUCCGCCUUUGAUGUCAACGAAAUCGAGCAAACUGCGAAACGUCAAACGACAUCACCAACAAGCUUGCUCCUCAUACGAUGGGGCCAGUUCAACCACAGGGCGGAGGAGUUACUCGUACUGCUGUACCGGAUGAAACACUACCCGGCUAUGUCGUGCCUUAUACCGGUUGUGGAUAAGAAGUUUCAGAAGUUAGCGAAUAAACACGAUGUUUGUGGAGCGGGGAAUACUGCACCGGUUGAGGAAAACUUGAAAAGGCACAAAACAACAACAAAAAGUGAAAGUAUACCUCUACCUGUGAUGUUAAUAGAAAACAAAGGUCAAAUUAAGGACGCCCACAUGGUGCCUUUGCCAGUGUCGAAUACAAAUGGCCGCACUUCGACAACGGAGUCAAGUACCGACGUGUCUAUGGACGCUGGUCCCGUGGAAGACGAGCUGAUGAAGACCACGAUCCCUGUGAUGCAGUACAGAGACCUCGAGGAAGCCACGGGAAACUGGUCUCAGAGCAACCUGCUCGGCAGAGGAGGGUUCGGGCAGGUGUACAAAGGUGAAUGGAAACUCCUGCCCGUUGCUGUGAAAGUUCUCAGCAGUAAAGACAACCACAAGGAGCUGAUCAGGGAACUGACCAGCGAUCAGUUCAGACAUGACAACAUAUUGCCUUUGUAUGGAUACAGCGUUGGAGGUCCAAAAGUGUGUCUAGUGUACCAACUAAUGACGGGAGGGUCUCUGGACCACAGGCUCAAGUGUGCCACGUAUCACCCCCCCUUGACUUGGUGCCAGCGGUACAUGAUAGCGCAGGGGGUUGCUAGGGGUCUUUCCUACCUCCACACGAUGUGUCGGCCUCCGUUGAUACACGGCGACAUAAAACCGGCCAACAUACUUCUAGAUCAAUGCACUAUGCCUAAAAUUGGUGACUUCGGUCUGGCGAGGCGAGGAACACACGCCGACCGACCGUUACUUGUGUCGAAGAUCCACGGCACCCGCCCCUACAUUCCAAACGAGUAUCUCCGCUCACACCGAAUAUCUCCAGCAGUUGACGUAUUCAGCUAUGGGGUGGUGUUAUUCGAAAUGGCCACAGUACAGAAACCUUUGGAUCCUGAUCGACGGAAGGAGUUGCUCAGCGAUUAUAUGCACUCCAAGGCUCAGCAGCAGGGCUUCGACAUGGCGACAUUAGAAGACCCAAAGCUCAUUAACACAGCGGAGUCGUACCCCCAGCUGUGCCGCUUGUUCAUCGAGCUGGGGCUGCGCUGCGCGUGGCAGGCGAGCGCGCGCAGCCCCGCCAUGCGCGACGUGUACGCCGCGCUGCGCGCCAUGCCCGUGCCCACGGACUGGCUGUGA